UAUAAUCCUUUAACAAUGGCAUCAUCAUCUUUAUCAUCUUCGUCCAAUUCUUCUUCAGGUAAAUGUUAGGCAUCGUUAUUCUCUCAUAAUGUUAUGUUAUUAAUAUCAAAAUUAUUUAGAGCAGAGAAUUUGUUGUUGGUUCUGGAACAUUUUUACUUCUACUUUUAAAAGGUUUCCAUUGAGUUUGACACAUUUGUUGACUUGAUGUUCUAAACUUUUUCAUUAGAAAAAAAAGUGGCAGGACUUAGGGUUUAAAAAAGCACAAACAAUAAAUUUCAUUUCUUUAAUAAAAUCACAAGAAUUUAAUUCUUUAAUAAAUCAUUUACAUACUUAAAUAAAUUUUUUAAUAAAACAAUAAUACUUCAUUCACCACCACUUGCGGCUUGAAGAAGGCCAAACAAGAAGGUGUGGCGGCGAGGACGACAAUGAGUGCAACGAUGAUCACAAACUAAGCGAAAAUCGACGAGGACGAAACAUGAUCGCGAACGGCGAUCACGAUCGGCAAGCAAACCAAACGUGACCACAAAUGCGACCACGAACAACAACCAGUUGGAGCGAAAUGUGACCACGAGCGAAGAACAAUGGUGAAAUGAAACAAAACGAAAAUGAAGAAGAAUACUGAUCAGGGAGCUAAUGCACAGGUAGGUCUGGUAAUGUAUAAUGCCAACAACAAUCCAGGGUUGGACGUUCAAUAUAUCCCUUGGACAAGAGAGGUGGAUAGUUUUUUAGGUGUGUUAUCAUCAUUGGUUUUCAAUGGAAAUAAUGAAAACCAACAGACCAUGGUGAAAGGUCUUGCAGAAGCUCUACUGAUGUUUCCAAGGCCUUCUAAUUUCAUGACAACAGAAGAAUACUAUAAUGGGACAAGACAUUGUAUUGUUGUAGCAGCAAGAGAUCCCAUUCCUGCGAAAAUGACAGUCUCUGUGCCAGAGAUUAAUCAAGGAACAACUGUUGGCACACAAUUAUAUACUGUAAAUGCUGAUUUCUACGAUGUGGCAGAAUUGUUUAGCCCAUUAGCAGUAUCUCUUUCAAUAAUAUCCCCAGUACAACAUCCAUGUUUUGAAGUGAUAUUCAAUAUGGGGAAUAAUGGUUCUCCACUGGAAACCGAUCCUAUUUCUAAUUUUAGAAUUGGUCAGUUUAAUGUUAUACUGUCAAGGAAUUUUAGAGAGGCACAUGUUGCUCUUCGUGGGAAAAGAACAAUGGAUCCACCCACAAAUGACAUUAGGGUUCCUAUACAUUAUGCUAACGACAAUCAAGAAGACCUAUUCACAAUUGCUAAGAUGAUGAUGAGUGGAGGGAGAAAUACAGAAGCUGCCAGAGAUAGACUUGAGACUACAAACCCAGUGUCCCUAGCUGUCUCAGAUGGGUUUUCAACUCCAGCAAUGUUUGUUUCCAAUGCAGAAAGUUCCACAAGAGAAGGGUCUUCAGAAGGAUUAGUUGAAGAAAGAGGCAUGGCUGAUCAACCAACCUCUCGUUCAAGUGAAAACUCAUUGAAUAUUCUACCCUACUUCGCACUACAAACGCUUCCUAAUAUUACUACUACCACUAGUAGUAGCAAAGGUUUUGCACGUCUUCCAUACUUAGCAGCUGGGUUUGAUCCAUACGGUAGACCUACAUAUGAACCAAAUGGGGUUCCUCCACCACCCAUAACACCGCAAUUUAAUCCAAUUGAUUUUUGGCCUCCACAACCAUCUUCAAACUCUCUAAAUCUAGUGCAAGCAUGGCAGGGAACUUUGAUUGCAAAAACGCACAGGAGUCGCAAAAACCUUCAGAGAGGAAAGGCUCACAGAAGAGUAACAUCACCCUUCACGCUUACGAAUGAGUGGUCCAGUAGGCUAGAAGUAGCCUUCUAUUUACCACAAAAAGCUCUCAACUAUACGAUAACGAUUUUUCGUGGACCCAUUGAUUAUGUUUUCUUCUAUAUGUUGCAUUUCAACAAUCUGGACUUGUAUGAAUAUCUGAUGAAGAAAAACCUGUGUGCGAAAGUUAAUCUCCCAUUUCAGACUUUGAUCAUAUCUCCAACGAAAAACAGACACUUCUACAUAGGAACAGUGUUCCCUGCGGAUGUUACAUUUGUUCAAAUGAACUAAGUAUGCAAAUGAAGAGAAGAUAAAGGAGAGGUUGUGUGCAUCAAUUAUAG